CGCCCCGCCCCCUCCAGCCGGGGGUGCUCUAGAUGCUGCGCGGAGACCCUCUGCACCCCUGCGAACAUGGCGCUGCGAGUGGCGCGGAGCGUGCGGGCCGCGGUCUGCAGCCUGCGCGCCAUCUCUGCGCCCAACGCGCCCUGCCCGCCGCGGCCCUGGGGACUGCGGGCGGGCGCCGUCCGGGCGCUGCGCACCGGUCCCGUUCUGCUGUCGGGUCGUAAAUUCACAGACAAACAUGAAUGGGUAACAACAGAAAACGGUGUUGGAACAGUGGGAAUCAGCAAUUUUGCACAGGAAGCUUUGGGAGAUGUUGUUUACUGUAGUCUGCCUGAAGUUGGGACAAAAUUGAACAAACAAGAGGAAUUUGGUGCUUUGGAAAGUGUGAAAGCUGCUAGUGAACUCUAUUCUCCUCUAUCAGGAGAAGUAACUGAAAUUAAUGAAGCUCUGGCAGAAAAUCCAGGACUUGUCAACAAAUCUUGUUAUGAAGAUGGUUGGCUGAUCAAGAUGACACUCAGUAACCCUUCAGAACUAGAUGAACUAAUGAGUGAAGAAGCAUAUGAGAAAUACAUAAAAUCUAUUGAGGAGUGAAAAUGGAACCCCUAAAUAAACUAGUUUGAAACAACUUAAAAAAAAAAAAAA